ACCAGGAACCCUAAAUAAAAAAUUCGCAUUCAUUCCAUGUCAGCGAAAUUAGCGAGAGCUCACUCCUUUUAUCGUUCCCUAUUGACAUUGCGUAAUCCGCCUUUGAUUACAGGUCCUAGUUUUCAUAAAAAACUAAAAAAAAUUUCACAACCAAACAAAACACUAAUAAUUUCCAUUCACUCUUGUCCUCUUCCACCCGUCACGCCGCCUCUGCUCCCUGAACUUUUUAAUCGGCUUUCCUUCUCGCCGGCAUCCCGCCAUCGUUCACUGCAGUCGCCAGAGGAUUCCGCCGGGAAUUAGGUUUUUUUUUUUCCGAUUUUGGAAUUAUGACUGACUAAUUUGGGCAAGAAGCGGAGAAAACCAACAAAUGGCACGGAAAAAACACCAAACAUGUUGACUCUCGAUUUAUGUAUCGUAAUGAAUGAAAAUAAAGUAGAAGCAAAUAAUGGGACCACUCGCCUCCCAUCAGAUCCUCUUCUCCAAUGGAGCAAAUGGCAGUUACUCGAUUCCAUUCUCCCAACGGGAGGAUUCGCCCAUUCCUUUGGUCUCGAGGCCGGAAUGCAAUCGCGCAUAGUCUCCCACCCUGAAGACCUUGAAACACACGUAAUCCACGUCCUCGAGAACACCGCAAGUCUCCUCCUUCCUUUCGUCUACUCCGCCACAAUAUCGCCAGAUGUUGACACGUGGCAACAUCUCGACGCCAUUUUAGACGCUACACUAACAAACGAAGUGAGCCGAAAGGCAUCGGUUUCACAGGGAUCGGCAUUGAUGAGGGUAUCGGCUUCGGUUUUCUCUGAGAUUCCAGCUCUGAAGAUGAUGAGAAACGUGGGGUUAAGCGGUCGGAAUGUGUGGUUCCACCAUGCCCCGGUUUUUGGGGUGGUUUGUGGGUUGAUUGGGUUGGAUGGGGAAACGGCUCAGAGGGCGUAUUUGUUUGUGACGAUGAGAGAUGUUAUAUCGGCGGCAACCAGGCUGAACCUGGUGGGGCCGCUUGGUGCCGCCGUGUUGCAACACCAGGUCGCGGUGGUUGCCGAGGAGGUUUUGAAGAAGUGGAAGAACCGGGAAGCGGAUGAAGCGUGUCAAACGAGUCCGUUGCUUGAUACAGUGCAAGGGUGCCACAGCUACCUGUUUUCAAGGCUUUUCUGUUCAUGACUUGUAAGACUACGACUGUGACUGACUGAUAUGAGUUAGACAAAAAUUGUAAACAUUUGCCUUUGUUUCAUGGUCAGUUGUCCUUAUCAAACAUAUGUUUCACCUUCUGCAUUCUAUUCAAAUUUUCUAGUAAUGGGAACACAGACCUGAGGAAGAGGAAUAUGAUUAAAGGAAAUUAGAAUAGUAGAAGUCCUCUCAUUAGUCGCUCUUUUGAUUAAACCUAAAAUAUUCCUCAAUGAAGUCUUCAAUUAUUAGUGGCAAUAGUAUGUAAUAGGGAAGUUUGUAUUGUAGCAUGCUAGCAUUACGAUCUAUUGUAAUAGGAUGGAUGAAAAAGGUAGCAUGUAAGCUGCACUUUUGUAAUACAUUUAACACCUUUUAUGAAUGAAAUAUGACUGGA